AUGGAGGAAGAUAAGACACUGGAAGAAACUUUUAACGAUUACUGGGAAGAAAAACAAGGAGACAAAACAAUAUCCAUUGCAACACUAUUAUCCCAACAACUGUACAAGAGGCUAAUAGAACUCGAAUGUCAAGCAGCCGCCUUUGAUCUUUCACAAACCAAUUCAGUAAACCAAGGCAACAAUAACUCCAAAGAAACAAACCAAGAGUCUCUCAUUCAACCAUUGAAUUCCUUAAUGAUUGACCAAGAAUUAUUCAUUGGCGACAUAAAGCUACCGGAAUUCCAUGGCAAUCCCUCGGAAUUCGGUCCAUUUUGGGAACUCUUUCAAGAACUGGUUCAUAAACAACCCUUUUCUAACAUACGGAAACUUUCAAUUCUCCUGAGCUGCUGCAAAGGAGAUGCGGCAAGAUGUCUACAAAUGAUUCCUCGGACCGCAGACUCAUAUGAAAAAGCAAUAGAACAAUUGAAAGAUCAAUACGAAGACCCAAGGCGAAUAACCAUACAAAUGAUUCGUCAACUUACAUCCAUGAAACCAUGCAAUAACGACCCACGUUCCCUGCGCAAUAAUCUUAAUGACAUUAAAGCCAUUAUAGCUACACUACAAAAGCAAGGAGAAAUGGUGGAUAACUCUUAUAUGGUUACUCUGGUAACCGAAACAUUCUCAAAACCAAUUCAAGAGGAAAUAGCUAGCAAACAGUUCGAUAGUGGAUGCCAAUGGACAAUGGAAGACCUUCUAGUAAACCUAACGACUAUAAUCAAACGUAGGGAAUUCAUCGAAAGUCGCAACGAAAACCCUAAUGAAGAACACUCGGUAUUCCACACACGCACCCGUGACCAAAGGGUGCCAUACUGCAUUGGGUGCGAACGUGCCCAUGCGUUCGAAAAUUGUGAUAAAUAUCGCACUAUCCCCCAAAUGAUUGGAAGACUCAAGUCACUAGGCGCCUGUUGGAAAUGUUUUGACUCACGCCACAAGACAAAAUACUGUCAUAUGCCAGACUGUGCCAACUGUGGCGGACACCAUAAUCCAAUCCUAUGCCAACGAGAAUCCGCCAAGUCACACUCAACUUUCCAACCACCCUUUCAAGUGACUAAGUUGAGACAACAAUUGGACGAACAAACAGAGCAAACUUGGACACUCUACGAAUCCAGUAUCCAAGCAAUAGCAACCAUGGAGGAAGAUAAGACACUGGAAGAAACUUUUAACGAUUACUGGGAAGAAAAACAAGGAGACAAAACAAUAUCCAUUACAACACUAUUAUCCCAACAACUGUACAAGAGGCUAAUAGAACUCGAAUGUCAAGCAGCCGCCUUUGAUCUUUCACAAAUCAAUUCAGUAAACCAAGGCAACAAUGACUCCAAAGAAACAAACCAAGAGUCUCUCACUAAACCAUUGAAUUCCUUAAUGAUUGACCAAGAAUUAUUCAUUGGCGACAUAAAGCUACCGGAAUUCCAUGGCAAUCCCUCGGAAUUCGGUCCAUUUUGGAAACUCUUUCAAGAACUGGUUCAUAAACAACCCUUUUCUAACAUACGGAAACUUUCAAUUCUCCUGAGUUGCUGCAAAGGAGAUGCGGCAAGAUGUCUACAAAUGAUUCCUCGGACCGCAGACUCAUAUGAAAAAGCAAUAGAGCAAUUGAAAGAUCAAUACAAAGACCCAAGGCGAAUAACCAUACAAAUGAUUCGUCAACUUACAUCCAUGAAACCAUGCAAUAACGACCCACGUUCCCUGCGUAAUAAUCUUAGUGACAUUAAAGCCAUUAUAGCUACACUAAAAAAGCAAGGAGAAAUGGUGGAUAAGACCUAUGUGGUCACUCUGGUAACCGAAACUUUCUCGAAACCAAUUAAAGAAGAAAUAGCUAGCACACAACAGUUUGAUAGUGGAUACAAAUGGACAAUGGAAGACCUUCUAGUAAAUCUAACAACUAUUAUCAAACGUAGGGAAUUCAUCAAAAGUCGCAUUGAAAGCCCUAAUGAAGAACACUCGGUAUUCCACACGCGCACCCGUGACCAAAGGGUGCCAUACUGCAUUGGUCCACCAUCCAUCACAUCAUCAGAUCAAUCGUUCAUCUCUUCAUCAUUACUAGAAAGACUACACCUUAUACCUCGUUCGGAAAUCUCCAUUACCGUCAAUACAUUUGGAGGACAUGCCGAGAAGAAGCACGUAAAACGUGUCGAAGCUUUACUACUGAACCUACAAGAACAAUUCUUGGAAGUGAUACUGCUUACGACUGAUACAAUAUCACACGCAAUACCACUGCUAGAGCUUGAUGAAGGAGACAAGUUCUUCCUAAAAUGCAACUUCCCUAACCUUCAAGAAAAAUGGUUGCACGAUACGACAACAGAAAUUAUUCCUGAUAUACUAUUGGGAAUAGACUACUUCAACAUCAUGCUCCGAACAAGCGAACCUCUGGUGCAAUUGCCUUCAGGGCUCCACCUGACACCAACUUUCUUCGGUCAUAUCAUAUGUGGAGCACCACACAAUAAGAAUACCAAGAUGAAACUUCUAUCAAACAAGGUCAACAAUGUAAACCCUACCGAAUGCACUAAUAUAAACCAUUCCCAAUGCACUGACUACCAACCUAACUUUGGCUAUUCCAAUCUACGGAAACUACCCAACGCUGACAAUGAAGUGCUACAUACGAACGAUGAGCCAACAAAAGUCCUAUACUAG